AUGUUUCCUCGGCAGACGACGGUUUUGCUGUCGUCGGCUCUGUUCUGGAUAGUGGCAACGCAGGCUUCGCCCGCGCCGACUUGGACCCGAUCUUAUGGCGGUAGUGCUUGGCCGUCAGCGAGUGGACAUAAUUGGCCACCACCCUCGUAUAGCAGCGGUCAUGUCUGGCCUCCCUCGUCCAGCAGCAGCAGCAGCAGCAGUAGUGCCGUCCCACUGUCCUCUGGAGGUGUCGAAAAUAGCACGACCAACUCUACCGACACCCAACAAUGUCGCCGGACUAAGGUUGUCGUUCUGGGCGCCGGUAUAGCGGGCAUCACAGCUGCGCAACAGCUCGCUCUGGCCAAUAUCUCCGAUUUCAUCAUCGUAGAAUACACUUCUAGCAUCGGCGGUCGAGUAGCCCACACGACUUUCGGUAACGAUUCUAAUGGCAAUCCUUACGUGGUCGAACUCGGGGCCAAUUGGGUCCAGGGAACAGCUACGGAUGGCGGACCCUCGAAUCCCAUCUGGACACUGGCGCAGAAAUGGAAUCUGACGAAUACUUACUCGAAUUACUCUGAUAUCCUGACUUAUGAUCAGAGUGGGUAUAACGAUUAUAGCGAUCUCUUAUCCAACUACGAGGACGCAUACGCGACGCUGGAGCAGGAUGCCGGAACUAUUUUAGUCGAGAACUUGCAGGAUAGGAGUGUCCGUUCUGGUUUGCGGCUGGCAGACUGGAACCCAGCCCGAGAUGCACAGAAGCAGGCAGUUGAAUGGUGGGAAUGGGACUGGGAGUUCGCGUUCCCGCCUGAGCAGUCGAGUCAGGUGUUCGGGAUCGUGAAUUAUAACACCACGUUCUACCAGUUCAGUGCGGAUAACAACUACGUCUUCGACCAACGCGGUUUCAACGCCUUCAUCAUCGGGGAAGCCUCCACCUUCCUCGCGGCGAACGAUUCGAGAUUGUUGCUCGAGACCGUGGUGACGAAUAUCUCCUACUCUGAUACUGGUGUGACCAUCACGAACGAAGACGGGAGUUGUGUCUCGGCUGACUACGCCAUCUGCACUUUCUCGCUAGGUGUUUUGCAAAACCAAGUCGUGGACUUCGAGCCCCGCCUCCCCGACUGGAAGGAAGCAGCUAUUGCUUCCUUCGCCAUGGGGACAUAUACCAAGAUCUUCCUCCAGUUCAACGAGACGUUCUGGCCGGAGGCGACGCAGUUCCUUCUCUAUGCAGACCCAGCUACGAGGGGUUACUACCCUGUUUUCCAAUCUUUGUCGACCCCGGGGUUCAUCGAGGGGAGUAACAUCAUUUUCGUCACGGUGGUCGAUCAGCAGAGUUAUACCGUGGAAGCGCAGAGUGAUGAGGAGACAAAGGAGCAGGUCAUGGGUGUUUUGAGGACGAUGUUCCCGGAUAUUAUUGUCCCAGAGCCUACAGCGUUCAUGUACCCCCGGUGGUCUGAGGUGCCUUGGGCAUAUGGAUCCUAUUCUAAUUGGCCAGUGGGAACGAGUCUGCAGAGCCAUCAGAAUUUGAGGGCGAAUGUUGGGCGGUUGUGGUUCGCGGGCGAGGCGACGAGUAGUGAGUACUAUGGUUUCCUGCACGGGGCGUACUUUGAGGGGGAGGAGGUGGGGGGGAGGAUCGCGGAAUUGGUGCUCGGGGAGCAGAGUUGUGCGGUAGGGAAUGAGACGGGAGCUUAUUGUGGGGUGGGGGAGGUGCACUAUGAGGUUUUGCAGGGGGUGACGCCGGAGGGGGAGUAUGAUAUUCAGAAUGGAUGGGAUGUUAGUAGUUUUCAGACUGUUGGGGAUGUGUGA